AUGAAUGCGGCCGAUCCAAUCGCCCAUACGGGCUCUGGCCAUGCCUUUGUCGAGAUUGGCAGACGUACGGCCAGCGCCGUGCACUUUGUCCUCAUUCUGACAGGGAGUCUGGUGCUCAUUCAGAGCUUCCACACCUUGACGUUUUUUCAUCAGCAGGGCCAAUGGGCUUCCCUUCGAGACAUGGCGAGGACCAGCUGGCAAUCCUACCUGCUUGUCUUGAAGUUCUUCCUGGCCCCGUUUCUAGAGGCCGGCUUCCUGGACGCUUGGCUGCCGUCCCAGGUGGACUUCGACACCUGGGCCGUCUUCGUGCCUGGGAUCAUGUCGCUCUUUCUGUGCUUCACGGCGUCCCUGGGCUUCAGCGUCAUGCGGAGGCCUGGACUGCCUUCGCGGACUCUGGCGUACGCUGUCUGCGCAGCCGUGCUUCUGGUGUCUCAGGUGGAGCUCGUGCAGGCGCUCGCCGAGUUCAGCACCUGGGAGGAGGUGCCGCUGGCCGCAGCAGAGGAGCAGAAGGUGGAGAUGCAGCGGCAGCUCUUCAAGGCGUCUCACGCAUCAUUCGUCUCCAUGCUGGACUACAAGCAGUGUCCAAUGGAGUCUGCAGACAUUGUCAGGUGCACUCUCGAGAAGAGAGUCCUGCCAGUAGUGGUGGCAAAGGAGUUCUGCCAGCCGCUGGACCUUCCGGGCCGGAGUAGCCACAAGCGUGUGCAGGCGUGCCAGAAGUCGGCAAAGGCCCUGUCCAUGUGGAGUUCGCCGCGGGAGAGGGACGAGCUGUAUUGUCGCUGCUGGUCUGCUGCCUUCGAUGCCAUCCUCUCCCUGUUGGAGUGGGCCAUGCUUUCCUGGUUCAUCUGCCUGUUGGGAGUUCUGCUGGCCAUCUACACAUCAAUCCGGCCCAAGCUCCUUAGCCAGGGCCCAGCAGCACACAAAGAGGUCUUGGGCUGCGUCGGCCUAAGUGCAGCCGCCAUCAUCUGGAAGGUCUUUCUUGGCGUGGAGGACUCGAGACUCGGAGGACGGGAGCGCGAGAAGGGCAACCUCGAAACAUGGGGCUCGAAAGGGAGAAUCGGCUUCCUUCUGAUGGCAGCCACAAUGGGCAGAAUGGGCAGAAUGGGGUCUGAGAUGGCACUCGGCAGCCGUUUCACGUUCCGCAUCCCUCGCGCGGUUUCGACCGGUUGUCUGACCUGUCUCGUUGAGUCUGAGUCUAAUCUCAUCUCCGGCCUUCAGGGCCUCGGCUUCCACCGCCGAGCCAGCAGUGAGAGCCUCGUGCUGUCUGGUCACAGCCAGGCGACGGCGAGUCGCAAGGGUGUGCCCAGAGGCAUUGCCAUCGCCCGAGCACCAUGCCCGGUAAGGGGGUCCAGCACGACACUUGGAUGGGCUUUCAGCCUCCUGAUUGCUGAUGUGGACAGCGGGCUCAGUUCUGGGCUUUGGGUCGGCCUAACGAUGACAAGCCCAGACAGCCUCGCCCUGCGACCCGAUGUGGACUUUGCCGCAGACGUGCCAGACAGCGUCGUGGCUGGUGGCGAGGGCACCCUCUGGGAUGGGAGCGAGUGUCAGUAUAUCUCCUGGGACACCAGCCAGCUGCAGGUGGGUGACCAGGUUCACGUCUUCCUGAGCGCUGCUGGCGAGUUCCAAGUGCGGGUGAACGGCAAGAGUGUCGCGGGUUGCCAGGUGUGGUUGCCGCUGCGUGGGCCUUUCUACCCCUUGGUGGAGCUGCGAGGCAGCACCAAGGCCGUGGAGCUGGUGCGGGAGAGCUUGGGCUCCGCGGCAGAGGAGCCCCGGCCGGUUCCACAGGCGAUGCCAGAGGUCUGUCAGCCCGGGUGCGAGCAGGAUGGGAACACCAGCCAGCAACCAGGACGACGUGCACGGAGCGCAACUCCGAGCAGGCGGAGCAGGACGACGCUGGAGCCCAAAGUUGAGGAUGGCCAGCAUGAGGACCCCCGCCUUUGGGCCACGGUGCGUGAUUGCCUCGCGCGGCCUCAGAAUUACGAUCAGGUGUUCCACGCCGUUUGCGCUCUCCUUUGCGAAGCUCGGGCGCGGAGCGAGAUGGCUUGCAGCAGCGCCUGGGUGAGGCGGAGCGCGCCAGCGUGCUCGGUACGGCCGCGGCCAAGCGCCGCGAGGCGGAGCUCCGGCGCCUGCGCGAAGAGUUGA